CAAGUAGUAACAGACACAGAGAGAUACUCUUUACUGUACAUUCCUCCAGCCUCUGCUCACAUCACGUUUCCACUCUUCGUCGCUGCUUUUUGACGAUAAAGUUUCGACUUUCUGUUUAUUAAAUCCCGACAAAGACGGUGGGAAGUUGAGUGGGUGCAUUCUUGUCCGUUACGUACCGUUAUUACCGUUGGACAGCAGCUGGGAGAGACGAUAGUGGGACGUUUACGUCGUGGUGUUGUGGAGGCUGAGCUCUGUACCGAUGCCAGCGGACUUUCGGUGCUCGCAGUCGGACUUUUUCGGACUAAAAUUAAAGGCUGAAAUGUGAUAAAUGUGAUGGUUAACCUUGGUCGAAAGUUUUCCGCCUUCAGGACUAAUGGACCAAUCAGAGGAAGAGCUGCAGCAGAUCGCCACAUGGUUCACUGAGGAGGAACUCGCUCCUGACUCCCCUAGGGAGGCUCAGCUGUGUUUGCUAUGGAGGGCUCUCCAGCGCACAAGAAGCCGUCUGAACAGUGUGAAAUGGGACCUGGAUACCCAGCGCUCCCAGCACUUAGCAGAGAUGGCAGAGGUACGCAAGUCCUUGGAGCAGAUCCGGAUCUUUACAGAGCACAAAGAUGUUUUAGCUCAGGAGAUACAAGACGAAAACGACCAGCUCAAUAACCAGCUGCAACGUCUAAUAUCCCUUCAAGAUGCCCAGAUAAGUGAGGUGGCUAAGAUGCUGUACCAGCAGGGUCUCACAGAGCUGAUUCACAGCAGCCCCAGUGAGCAGGUGGCCUACCUGCUGGUGGAGAGAGCCUCCUUACUUGAGACGAAUGAGGGUCCUGGCAAUCUAACGGGUGAUGGAAGCACAGCCAGCACACUGGGGACCGAAGCCCAGGCGCUGAACACCACUGCACACCAGUCUUCCCACAAGGGGGCACCACGUCAUAGCCAGAGCCCAUGGAAGAGACUCUUUGGACACAAAGCAUCACAGAGCAAACAUACUUUUAUUCCUACUGAGGCCAGGCACUUGGCCGGCCAGCCAAGCAGCGUGGAGAGGGAGUAUUUCCGUCUGGAGCGGGAUGUGGAGGAGGGCUCCCGCCGGCUGGCCAUGGCCCACAAUGAGAUCCGGCGUUUGAAUGAUGAGUUGGAGUCUGCUCACUUGACCCAAAGAGCUUAUGAGCCUGAGCUGCAGGCAGCCCAGCAGGAGGUGGAGCAACUAAGACAGGAAGUACAAAAACUGAAGAAAUAUGAAAUGGUGGAACUGCGAAAGGCCAAAGAGCUGAAUGAUCGUCUGGACCUUGAGAUCAGAGCCCUGAGGAACAGGGUGCGCAUCCUGGAUGCUGAGAAGAGCUCUCUGCAGCAGACGGUGGUGUCUUUGCAGGAGAAGCUGCAACAGCUGGAGUCCACCCAGCAGGAGCAGCAGCAGCUCCUCGCUGUGCAGGUUCAGGCCAACCAGUCCACAGAGCUGGCUGAAUGUCAAGCAGCAGAGCUAGCACAGAGCAACCAGACCUGCAGACACUUACAGGAGGAGCUCACUGCUCAGACAAGACGCCUUUUAGGAAAGGAGGAAACUGUGGUGUCUCUGCAGAGAGAGGUGGAGCGGCUGGAGUCAGCCCUGCAGGAGCAGCAGCAGCAGGCUGAGCAGCAGCUCCUCACUGUGCAGGCUCGGGCCAACCAGGCUAAUGAGAUAGUCAAAUCCCAGGCAGCUGAAUUGAUUCAGAGCAAUGAGAUCUGCAGAGAUUUACAAAACAAGCUCAGCACUCAGCCCAGAUGCCUGCUCAAGACAGAGUCAGAAAUACAUUCCCUCAAGCAGCAGCUGGAUCCUUCCCAUAAUGAGCUGGAUAAUCUUGUAGCUACCAUCUGCGCCAAAGAAAAUGAUUUUCAGCAACAAAAGCUGCAGAAGCAAAAAGAUGCAGAUUUGCAGCGUUGUGAAAACACUCACUGUCAGCAAGACGAUAAAGAACUACAGCUGCUGCAGAAGGAAGAGAACACACUGCGGAAGGAGUGUCCUGAUUAUCAAGACGCAGUGAAGGCUCUAUUGGCCACCCAAGAUGAGUGCGAGACACUCAAGAAGGAGAUCUGUGACACCCUUAAAUGCCUCGACAAAGAGCGGAGUAAAUACCAUGAAAUGAAGGAAAAGCACAAGGCCAAGCUGUGUCGAGCCAAACAGAAAUGUGACGAUGAAACCAAAUGGCGCGACGAGAAGAUACAAAAUCUAGAGCGAGAACUGUCCUUGUGUUCCCAUUCAGUAGCAAAGGAAAAGGAGCUUACCAUAAGUAUCACUGUUGAAAAUCAGAAACUACUUGUUGAGAGGAGAAGGCUCCUGCAACAGCUAGAUGAGGAGGAGCACAACAAGAAAGCCAGUAAUCUAACAGCCUCUUUGUCCAAAUGCAGGGUGGAUUUUCUGGAGAUGGAAAACAAGAAACUAGGAAACAGAAUACUCCACAUGUCCAAUCAGCUAGCUGUUGUGGAACGCAGCCUGCAAAACAUGCAGUCACUCCACUUUGCUGAGGAACUGAAGAAAACAUCUAAUCUUAUGCAGGUUUUCAAAUCCCUCCCUGUGCAAACCUCAAGUGUGAAGAUGCCUGAGCCGUCUGAAGUUCAGAGCCUCUUGGACAACACUCAGAGCAAGCAGACAGACGUGACUUCCUCCCCUCAUCGUUCGAUCUCUGGACCCCUGUCUCGAUCGGCAGAGAUGGGCUACCUGAAUCUGACCUCAGCUCAGAGAAAGUCAGACCACUCUGCUCCCUCGGCCGCCCUCAGCAGCUCAGACAGGGCUGGCUGCCUGAUGUAUUCCUUGGCAUUUAUACCAGGAACAGUCAAUUGAGGGGCUGCAACUAACAAUUACCUGUAUUAUUGACUAUUCAGAUGAUUAUUUUUAUGAUGUAUCUAUCAAUCAUUUAGUCUAUAAAAUGUCAAAUAGAUGUGAAAAAAAAAACAAUUUCCUGGAGCUCAAAGUGACGUCUUCAAAUUGCUUCUUUUGUCCAGCAAACAGUUGAAAACCUAAAGACUCUUAAU